AUGGGCGAGGUCAGCCAAGAGGCUGUGGAGAGCUACCUGGAGGACCACCCUGGGUUUGCCGAGGAGUACUUCCACAGGAAGCUGCGGACAGGGGGGCUGAGAGAAGCCUCCGAGCACAGCGAGGUGCAGGGCCCGGCCGGCGGGUCCUCCCCCGGGCUGUCCACAGAGGAGGAGGCAGCCCUGUGCUUGGAGCUGUUCCAGGCCAUGCAGGAGGAAGCGGGCAGCGCGGAACCUGCGGCGCACUUGGUCCUGCAGAGGCUGGCGCGGCUGCUGCGGGCGGACCGCUGCAGCCUGUUCCUGUGCCGGGCCCGCAACGGCUCGCCCGAGGUGGCCUCCAGGCUGCUGGACGUCACCCCCACAUCCAAGUUUGAGGACAACCUGGUGGUCCCUGACAGAGAAGUGGUGUUUCCAUUGGACAUCGGGGUAGUGGGUUGGGUUGCUCACUCAAAGAAAGCCCUUAACGUCCCAGAUGUAACAAAGAACAGCCAUUUUUCUGACUUCAUGGACAAACAAACCGGGUAUGUCACUCGGAACCUGCUGGCAACCCCGAUUGUGAUGGGCAAGGAGGUUCUGGCUGUGGUUAUGGCAGUUAACAAAGUAAAUGCAUCUGAAUUCUCCAAGCAGGAUGAAGAGGUCUUUUCCAAAUACCUCACCUUUGUUUCCAUCAUCCUAAAGCUUCAUCAUACCCACUACUUGUACAGUGUUGAAUCUCGAAGAAGCCAGAUCCUUAUGUGGUCAGCCAAUAAAGUAUUUGAAGAGCUCACAGACGUUGAGCGACAGUUUCACAAAGUGCUCUACACAGUUCGAACAUACCUGAACUGUGAACGGUACUCCAUUGGACUGCUGGACAUGACCAAGGAGAAGGAAUUCUACGAUGAAUGGCCAGUCAAGCUUGGAGAAGUCGAGCCUUAUAAAGGUCCAAAGACACCAGAUGGCAGAGAAAUCAUCUUUUAUAAAAUCAUUGACUACAUUUUGCAUGGGAAGGAAGAGAUCAAAGUGAUUCCGACACCUCCCGCAGACCACUGGACUCUCGUUAGUGGAUUACCAACAUAUGUUGCUGAAAAUGGAUUUAUAUGUAAUAUGCUGAAUGCCCCCGCAGAUGAAUACUUCACAUUUCAGAAAGGACCUGUAGAUGACACUGGCUGGGUCAUUAAAAAUGUCUUGUCCCUGCCUAUUGUCAACAAGAAAGAAGACAUUGUGGGAGUAGCUACAUUUUACAACAGGGAAGAUGGAAAACCUUUUGAUGAAUAUGAUGAACACAUUACUGAGACUCUCACACAACUUCUUGGAUGGUCUCUUUUAAAUACUGAUACAUAUGAGAAAAUGAAUAAGCUAGAAAACAGAAAGGCAAUAGCUCAGGAAAUGCUCAUGAACCAGAUCAAAGCCACUCCUGAUGAAAUCGAGUCUAUUUUGAAAUUUAAAGAGAAGUUAAGUAUAGAUGUAAUUGAAGACUGUGAAGAAAAACAACUUGUCACAAUUUUGGAAGAGGACUUGCCAGACCCAAAGGCAGUAGACCUGUGUGAAUUCCACUUCAGUGACUUUCCCAUUACAGAGCACGGGCUGAUUAAGUGUGGACUACGACUAUUUUUUGAAAUAAAUGUGGUGGAGAAAUUCAAAGUACCCGUAGAGGUUCUUACCAGAUGGAUGUACACCGUGAGAAAAGGGUACCGUUCCGUCACUUACCACAACUGGCGGCAUGGAUUCAAUGUGGGGCAGACCAUGUUCACUUUGCUGAUGACAGGAAGGCUAAAGAAAUACUAUACAGACCUCGAAGCUUUUGCCAUGCUCGCUGCUGCUUUCUGCCAUGACAUUGACCACAGAGGCACCAAUAAUCUGUAUCAGAUGAAAUCCACGUCUCCAUUGGCAAAGCUUCAUGGAUCUUCUAUUUUGGAGAGGCACCAUCUGGAGUACAGUAAGACUCUCCUGCAGGAUGAGAGUUUAAACAUCUUCCAGAACCUAAAUAAACGCCAGUUUGAAACAGUUAUUCAUUUGUUUGAAGUUGCAAUAAUAGCAACUGACCUGGCUUUAUACUUCAAGAAGAGAACCAUGUUUCAAAAAAUUGUUGAUGCCUGUGAAAAAAUGGAAACUGAAGAAGAGGCCAUCAAAUACAUAACCACUGAUCCAACCAAAAAAGAGAUCAUCAUGGCAAUGAUGAUGACUGCAUGUGACUUGUCAGCUAUAACGAAGCCCUGGGAGGUUCAAAGUCAGGUAGCACUUCUAGUUGCAAGUGAAUUUUGGGAACAAGGAGAUCUGGAGAGAACAGUGCUGCAGCAACAACCUAUUCCUAUGAUGGACAGAAACAAAAAAGAUGAACUGCCUAAACUUCAAGUUGGAUUUAUUGACUUUGUUUGUACUUUUGUAUAUAAGGAGUUCUCCCGGUUUCACCAAGAAGUCACCCCCAUGCUGAAUGGCCUUCAGAAUAACAGAAUGGAGUGGAAAUCUCUGGCUGAUGAAUAUGAUGCAAAGGUGAAGGUAAUGGAAGAGGAGGUGAAAAAGCAGGAAGAAGGAAACAUGACUGAAAAAGCUACAGAAGAUUCAGGAGAUGGUGUUGAUGACAAAAAGUCCAAAACAUGCCUAAUGUUGUAG